AUGGCUAAGCUGAGAUCUCUGGGAGAGCAGGGUAGCCCUCUCAGGCAGAUCCAAAAUGGCCUGAGAGAGCAGGCAGAGGAAGAGGCUGCUGAGAUUACUAGGAAGCUGGAGAAACAGAAGAAACACUUGAAGAAGGAAAAGAAAAGGCUGGCUGCGAUUGCUCUGGCACCUUCAGAAAACAGCAGUAGGACCCUGGAGGAAUGUGAGGGGACAAGCGAAAGAGCCAAAAAGAAGCAAAAGCAAAAGCCCCAGGAGGCUCCUCAGGAGAAUGGAAUGAAGACCAAUCUGUGUCCUUCUCCAAACCCCCCCAAAAAGAAAUCUUUUUCCAAGGAGGAGCUGGUUGGUAGUGAUCUUGAGGAAACAGCUGGCAGUGGAAGUCUCACCAAGAGGAAGAAAUCUUUCCCCAAAGAGGAACCAGUUAGUGACCCUCAAGAGUCAGGAAACAAGGUCCCCAGGCAAAAGAGGAAAUUCUCUUCCAAGGAGGAGCCACUCAGCAGUGGACCUGAAGAGGCUGCUGCCAGCAAGAGCAGCAGCUCCAAGAAAAAGAAAAAGCUCUGA